UAGAGCAGACCUGCUCGGUAUCUCAGCAGACGCUAAAAGACAGAAGGCAUUAAAACCCAUUCAUCAUUUUGACGCCUCAGCCACCUCACCGCCAUGAAGAUGCUCAUCGUGUUGUUUCUGACUUGUGCCAUGAUGGCCAAAGCUGCUGUUUUAGAAGCAGAUCAAGCAUUACCAUGUGCUCCAGAGGGUGAAGGGUAUACUGUCACUACAGAGAGAGAAGCAGGUUGUCAGAGUGGUUGGACCCGUUUCAACGAGCGCUGCUUCCUUUAUGUUGAUACAACAAUGACUUGGGCUGAUGCUGAGAGAAACUGUCAGAGUCGAGGUGGAAACCUUGCAUCAGUACACAGCUUUAGCGAGCAGCACGCCAUUCAAGAAAUGAUAAAGAGGCAAACUCAAACAUACCCACUCGCAUGGCUUGGAGGCUCAGACGCACAACAGGAGGGUACCUGGCUCUGGAGUGAUGGCUCACCUUUCAUGUUUAACUACUGGGAUGUGGGACAGCCUGAUAACCGAGCCCGUGCCCACUGUCUGCUGAUGAACUUUGGAGAUGAACAGAAAUUUGAUGACCAGCCCUGCUCUUUCUUGAAGACGUUUGUCUGUGCAAGAAAACUGUGAAGUCUCUUUGGACAGCAGAGAACCCCGCAGUGCCAAGGGCAUCCUGCAGAGGGAUAUUUCUUUUCAAUUGUAUUCACACUCUAGAGCAGUGGUUCUCAACAUAGGGGUCACAAGACACUGACAGGGGGUCACCAGAUGCCUUUGUAUAUUUUAGCCAUUUCUAUGAACAUGGUCCUUUGGUGAGAUUUAUACAUAGACAACCCCAGAGAAUGGCCCCAACCUGCUGUGAUUUAUUGAUGAUAUCAGUACAGGUGUUUUUUAUCAAUAGUGUUGGUGCUAGCAUCCUUGCUAACAGUUACCUCAUUUUGAAGCUAUAAAGUGUGUUAAACCAUUAUUGAGUUCUAAUGUUGAAAGUAUGUAUUUGAGCCACUUUUAACCUCUUUUCCCACCAAAUUUUUGCCACUAUUUUUUUUCCAGUUUUCAUCAUUCUACAUAAUUUGCGCCAAUUUUUGCCUGAUUACCCAUUUCUUUUCCACUUUACACCAAUUUCACCACUAUUUCUGCCCAUUUUUUUUCCACUUGAGAGUCAUUUUUUGUCUCUUUUAAACCAUUUCCAUCACUUUCUACACUCAUUUGAACCACAUUUCUCUAUUUUUCUUGCACAGUUUUGCCAGUUUAACCCAUUUCUGCCACUUUCUGCCUAUUUUCUGCCUCAGUUAACCCAUUUUUGCCAAUUCAAACCAAUUUUACCCACUUUCACCAUCCAAUUUCCCCCCCUUUCCACCCAUUUUUACCACUCUAAACCCAUUUCUACCACUGUUAAGGCAAUAUUGCCACUGUUAACCCCUUGUACCACUUUUUAUGCCUGUUUCUCCAACUUUAAACCAUUCUGACUACUUUUUGCCUAUUUCUCACCACUUUAACCCAUUUCAGCUACUUUUAAAAUCCUAUUUCACCACCUUUUCUGACAUUUUCUUAUUUGUACUAAUUUUAAUUCUGUUUUUAAGAAAAAUGAUUUACAUUUUCAAGAGGGUUAUUGUCUAUGGCACAAAAAAACCUUGUUGCUGUGAUAAGAGUGAUUAUUAUAAAGGCACAAUGGACCAUGAUUUUGCUGACCUCUAUGGUCUCCAGAAAGCUCUCCCCUCUAUCCCCCCAUGUGGACGGCCUUUUCUCCACAUGACUACACUUGAAUGUGCAUGGGUGUGUUCAACCAUCUUCAGGUGCAGUGGGGUCCCCGGUCUCUGGCACCUUUUUUUGGGGGGGUUGCAGGCUAAAACUGCUCUAGAGUGUAAAUCACAAGAAUACAAUAAAAAUGAUAACCAUA